ACGUAUGCCCUCAUUUGGGGGGGUGCUGCAAAUGCCGACCCCGCACCCCCUGCCCCCUGAACCACCCCUCCCGGGCGGCCCCUUUCCCACAGUGCGGGUGGCACAGCUGCCAUUCUUGGGUUAUUUUUCCUCUCUUUUCUCCUCAUUUAUACUCCUGAGUGUGGUUUAUUAGCGGUUUCCCCUCCUCCCCAUUCAGGAUUUGCAUGGCAAAAUGAAAUUCGAGUGGUGGAUUAAUGGAGGGGCCCCCACACACCCUCCCCAACCAGAGCAUCCUCUGGACCACAGUGAGGGAUGCAGGGACAUGGGGACCACGGGCUGGAGCCCAAUAUCCGCAGCAAGAAGAGCUACACUGGACUGGCGCGUGCGGUGCUGGGGGGGUCAGGACCCCCACCCCAUUCCCACAGAGCAGAGAGGUGCUGAAAGGGAUGCUCAGCCCAGCUCUGCUGCAAGGAGCCCCCCCAAAAACCGAGCCCCACCGAGAGUGGGAGGUAAUUUAUGGCGGGCGCAUCGCGGAGCUCGGUGACGCUAAUAAGGUGCCGGCUGAAUCCGUUCCCGGCUGCGCCCGGUGAUAGAUCUCGGCUUGUCAGGUCAGAAAAUUAAAAUGUUAUUGAUGGGGGAAGCGAAGUGCAGCAGGAUUUUAUUAUUUAUUAUUUUAUUUUUCGUGUUUUAUUUAUGUUUCUUCCUCCUCAAGUCAAGCGGGGAGCUCUCUCGGGCAGCACCCCGAUCCUGCACGCCCGGGGGCUCCCCACUGCCUUGCUGCGUGACUUGGGAUUACUUAUAUUGUUUUAAUGAUUAUUUUCCCCCCACCCUAGGUAGCAACACAGGACAAAGGUACAAAUAUGCCCCCACAAGGCUGGGUCCACAUCCCCAUCAUCCCGUCAGCAUCUCAGCACAACUUCCCUCAACCAGCGGCUCGUGGGCCGUUCCCAGCUGCACGGUUUCUGGCGGGGAAGGUUUUUGGAGGAGUUGGGAUUAAUUAAUUCAAGCCCAGGUGGAGGAGACUUGAGAGAAGCAGCAGAACAGCUGCCACAUCAAAAGAAGCGCUGCUCUCCGGGCAGGGAAAUGCCUGGGUUAUUUUUAACUAAUUAAAUAGAUGAUUUAGCACUGGACUGAUACUCUACAAAAGAACUUCAACAGAAAAGGCCCAUUAAGCCACGUGGCUCUGAUCAAACCCUGAUUUCAACCCCCAGCCCAUCACUUCGGGCCAUGUUUUCCCCCCCGGGGCUGAGCCCCCCGGCUGCUCCCGGUCCCUAAUUUGCCCCCAUGGACCAGAUCUGCUGAACACGCUCCAUCCCCUUGACAGAGAAUUUUGGGGCUGUGGCUCCCUCUGACUGGGAGAAUCCCCAAAAUCAGACUCAAGGGUGUUUAUUCCUCAGUGAGAAAAGCCAGAAGAGACUAAAUUCCAAGUGCUGGUGGGGAGCUCUGGUAGCCCAGCUUCAUCCUGGGGGUUCCAGCACCAUGUGUUGGUAUUUAAACUUUUAUUAUAGAUAUACUUAUUUGUAAAUUGCUGGACUCCCAAAGGGCUGCAUGGGAGGAGGUGACGGGUGACACGCAGCCCCAGCUCCAUGACGAUGUCGCAUGGCAGAGGCUGCAGAGAUUUCUUGCUCCUUUUUCCCCCGAGCACAUUGGGGUGUUGUCCCUUCCAUCCCCUCAGGAUGUAGAAAUUGAAAAAGAAGCCGAUAAUUCCAGCUUUUCCUGCCUUUUUAGCCUCUUCAGCAGCCCCUGCUCUUAUUCCCUUAUGCUCGCAGCAGAUGCACCAAAUGCGAUUUGAGGUAUAGCGGAUAUACAUCAAGCCAUAAAUCAACAUUAAAUGCAAAUACAAACACACCGUCAUUACUGAAAGAGAUGUUAUUCCCUCUCUGCCUUCUUUGAUUCUCAGAAACAGAUGCAGCUGAGUCUUUAUUUCUACAGGAUAUUUAUCACAGAGCCACAUUAUUACACAUUGUGCUCUUAGGAGCCGAGAAGUAGCUGGGUAACUUUAUUAGUGUGUUUUCUUUUAGCUAAAUAAUCACAAAUUCUUAACUAAUUUCUUAAGUACACCUGUCAGGGAUAAACACAGACAUAGAGGUGUAGCUGGAAAAUCCAGCUGUGUUGCCUUAGCUGAAAAAUAACCCCGGGACACGGUGUGGGUGGGAGAGGUGGGAUCUUCUCCCUUCCUCGGUGGUUCAUUGGUAUUUUUUUAAUACCAUUAGAGAUUCAGGUCUCAUCUGCGUGUUGUGAGAUCAUUGGGGAAGACACGGCGCCCGGGGUGGCGGCGCUGGGGGGUUAUAUAGGGCGGGAGGUGCGGGGCUGCUGCAGAGCAGCAGAGACCAUGGGCUGGUUCCUGCAAACCCUCCUCCUGCUCCUGCUCGUCACCCCCGGGCCCGGCGCCGUCAUCACCGGGGCCUGCGAGCGGGACCUGCAGUGCGGCAGCGGGACCUGCUGCGCCAUCAGCCUCUGGCUGCGGGGGCUGCGGAUGUGCACCCCCCUGGGACAGGAGGGGGACGAGUGCCACCCCUUCAGCCACAAGGUCCCGUUCUUCGGGAAGCGCCAGCACCACACCUGCCCGUGUCUGCCCAACUUCAUCUGCUCCAGGUUCCUCGACGGCCGCUACCGCUGCUCCCUCGACUUCAAGAACAUCGAUUUUUAGGGUGGUGCUGCCGGCUGCCCGUCCCUGAGCCCCCUGCGCCCAUUUCUUCCCCUCUCCCACAGCCGCCGGGUGCCCACUUUGCAUCUUAAAAGUGCUUUUCUAAGUGUUGCUAUAAGCUCUGUGUUAUAUGGGGAAACUGAGGCACACUCAGGCCAAGCUGCUCCAAGGUCUGGCUUAGCAAAGCUCUGUCCCAGCCCUAAGCAGGACCCGGCUCCAGCGGAGGAGCAGAGUGAAGGGGAGUGUGCGUGGCAAACGUUUGUGGCCUCAAAAAUCCCUUUCCCAAGGUGUUCUCUGCGUGCCGUGGCUGCCACCAGCCGCCUGUCACCUCCCUGCUCUAUUUUAUACACUAAAAACCAACUGUGAUGCAAUCUGGGAAGAGCAAAAGUGGUUUUUAUCCUGGCACACGAUAAAAUCUGCGAUGUAAAGAUGAGCAGCAUCAUUUAUGUACCAAAGCCUCCCCAAAGCUGAGCCCAGUUGUGCGGGCGGUGGCGGAGACUCGACUUUAAUUGAUUUUACUUGUGCGGCAGGAAAGACAAAAAUCAGAGGGGCAGAAACUUCCUUUUACAGGGAGUUUUAGCAGCUUUCCCGCAAUUCCUACUGCACUUCCGUAGUAAUUCCCAUCAUGAUGUUGCCCCAUCAAGUCUUAUCGGUGUAUUUAAAAAGCCGGGUGAUCUAAUCUCUCUUGCAACGAAAAUAAAUCGAUAUCAAGUAGCUGGGCAUGGGGGGAUUAAGGGAUGGGUUUCCCCAAAGUUCAAGCACCGCAACGUGUUUGGCAGCGGCCGGGGCCAGAUGUGGCGUUUGGGAUGCAGGGAAGUGUUUUCCAGCUUAAGCAUCUGCUUGGGGUCCAGGCACCGCUUGGGAUUUGGGGGCCGCUCUUGGUGUCACUUGAGUCUAAGGGGAGAACAGGGUGUUCGGGUUAAUGAACUGUGCUAAGAGUUAGUGCCGACACGUGCUUUUAAUCCGCUUUAAAUAAUAUAUGGUGGGAAAAUCCCGUAUCACUUGAGCUUCCUACAGCAACCCCCAGCAAUAAUAAAUACAUAAUAUUAAAAAAUAAUUAAAAAUAAAAUUAAAAUCAGCAUUUACAGCAACUAAAGGUCCAAUUUCCUUCUGAGCAGAAGCAGCACUUAAAGCUUAUUUUUGGGGUGUGAAUGCGGGUGGUUCAGUGACCCUUGGGGUUCAUUGCGUGGGACAGCGGCACCUCCUGUGCUCCGGGCUUUCCCAAUUGGUGGGUUUUUAAUGCUUUUUGGUGGAUUUUGGUGCUAUAGCGGCAGCGGUUUCUAUUUCUACGGCUGUGGCAGAUGCUGCAUUAUCGCGGAGAGCCACGUAAUUCAGAUUUGGCAGCUGAGCGAAAGCAACAAAAUAUUGUAAAUUGGGGGAAAAUAAAACACUGCAAUGAC